UAUCUUAUGAAAUAUAAUGAAAAAGAAUUAUUACAAGGGAAAUUGGAUCUUCUUAGUGAUACAAACAUGGUAGACUUUGCUAUGGAUGUAUACAAAAACCUUUAUUCUGAUGAUAUCCCUCAUGCCUUGAGAGAAAAAAGAACCACAGUUGUUGCACAACUGAAACAGCUUCAGGCAGAAACAGAACCAAUUGUGAAGAUGUUUGAAGAUCCAGAAACCACAAGGCAGAUGCAGUCAACCAGGGAUGGUCGGAUGCUAUUUGACUACCUGGCGGACAAGCAUGGUUUUAGGCAGGAAUAUUUAGAUACACUCUACAGAUAUGCAAAGUUUCAAUAUGAAUGUGGAAAUUACUCAGGAGCAGCAGAAUAUCUUUACUUUUUUAGAGUAUUGGUUCCAGCAACAGAUAGGAAUGCUUUAAGCUCACUCUGGGGAAAACUGGCCUCUGAAAUCUUAAUGCAGAAUUGGGAUGCAGCCAUGGAAGACCUUACACGACUAAAAGAGACUAUAGACAAUAAUUCUGUGAGUUCUCCACUCCAGUCCCUUCAACAGCGAACAUGGCUCAUUCAUUGGUCUCUGUUCGUUUUUUUCAACCAUCCCAAAGGCCGUGAUAAUAUUAUUGAUCUCUUCCUUUACCAACCACAGUAAGUUACCUCAUUG